AUGUUCAAGGCCGGGGAUAUGGCUGACAGAUCGGCAGAGAUCAAGAUCCUGGAAGGCGAUCGACAACCGGUCGAAGAGAUCGAGAUUGAUCAAGAAGACAAAUUGAUCAAGGAGAUCGACUAUCGAGGAGAUCGACGAUCAGAGAUCGGCCAAGGUGAUCGACGAUAA